CUCGCCCCACACACCUGCAUCUUCAGCUGUGACUUGCGGAGCCCUGCCUGCCCCUUCUCCACAGCUCUCUCCCUGCCUGCACCCAACUCCCCGUUACUUGACUUGCCUUAUUUAUUUGUUCGACGCGUCUCUGAAUGUAUCCGCCUGGGUCCCCACCUUUGCCUUCGCUGCGCGCCCUCGUGUUUCGGGGCUGGCCAUGCCCCACUCCGACUCCGCUUGUUUGCGUCUGUUUUCUCCCUUCCUGGCCCUGUCUUACCCCAUCACCCCGACUCUGGUACCCACCUCCGGGCCAAAGGGGAGGGGAUGUACAUAGGAACGCAUUGCGGAGUCCCGCCACCAUCCCCCGAGGGGAGGGGGCUUGUAUAUAACUGUAACAUACAGAGUAUAGUGAAGAAUCUAUUUAAGACGCGGGAAGGCUGCGUGGCAGGGACCUCCUGCCGGCUCCACGAGCACUUUCUACUUGUGCAUGGGCUUGAUUUAUACGAAUUGCCAUUAAACAUCGCUGCACCAGCCAGUCUCCAGCCUCAGUCUGCGGGGAUCGGGAAGGGGCCUCGCCGACAGAGGGGGAGGUGCCUUGCUUGCGGCAGGCCUCUGAUCAGCGCUCGGGCUGGGCGGGCGCGUAGUUUUCCGCCUCCGACGUGUUUCCGGCCUUAAAGGCAUUUCGCCCUUCCCUUUAAGACGCACCGCCCCCCUCUCAGUCACUCCCAAGAUGGCGGACCUACUGGGCUCCAUCCUGAGCUCCAUGGAGAAGCCACCCAGCCUCGGUGACCAGGAGACUCGGCGCAAGGCCCGAGAGCAGGCUGCUCGCCUGAAGAAACUACAAGAGCAAGAGAAACAACAGAAAGUGGAGUUUCGUAAAAGGAUGGAGAAAGAGGUGUCAGAUUUCAUCCAAGACAGUGGGCAGAUCAAGAAAAAGUUUGAGCCUAUGAACAAGAUAGAAAGGAGCAUACUACAUGACGUAGUAGAAGUGGCUGGCCUGACAUCCUUCUCCUUUGGGGAAGACAAUGACUGUCGCUAUGUCAUGAUCUUCAAAAAGGAGUUUGCACCCUCAGAUGAAGAACUGGACUCCUACCGUCAUGGAGAAGAAUGGGACCCCCAGAAGGCAGAGGAGAAGCGGAAGCUGAAGGAGCUGGCCCAGCAGCAGGAAGAGGAGGCAGCCCAACAGGGACCUGCAGUGGUGAGCCCUGCCAGUGACUACAAGGAUAAGUACAGCCACCUCAUUGGCAAGGGAGCAGCCAAGGAUGCAGCCCACAUGCUACAAGCCAACAAGACCUAUGGCUGUGUGCCUGUGGCCAACAAGAGGGACACACGCUCCAUUGAAGAGGCCAUGAAUGAAAUCCGAGCCAAGAAGCGUCUGCGGCAGAGUGGGGAAGAAUUGCCAACUACCUCCUAGGCUCCCCACCCACUCCCUUUGACCUCUGGGCAGGACAGGAGGCAGGGAAGGACAAGGCUGCUGCUACUAGGACCCAUCAUGGAGCCCCACCUCCUAAUCACCUCCUGCCAGCUGUCACUCAGGCUGGGAGCAAGCAGGUGUUUGAUGUGUCACUGUUGGAACUUGGAUAUGUAUGUGGUGUGUGUGUUUGUGUAAAAGAAGAGUGUGAAUGUGCAGGUGGGUAUUUAAUCUGUAUUAUUCUCUGUUCUCCUUGGAACUUUCUUCCCCUUGGGGCUGGGGUUACUUUACAUUCAAUAAACACUUUUUGACCCUAUGUCCUGGUUUGUUU